AUGGAACAGACAGGUGACGAUUGCGAUGAUCCGUUCUUGCUGCUGCUUCGAGAUCGAGCGAUCCAAUCACGCAAGCGGCAGGGGAUCCCCUUUGCGCAAGACAGUCCUACACAGGACUGGCCACAGCGGUUGGCGCAGCCGCCCUCGGCAAGCGAAUUCGGAGAGAUCAUCGAACAGCAUGUCCCUGUCCUGAUAGACGACUGCGUGCGCCACCGUUCCCAACUGGCAAAGUGGAAGGACACGAGCUACGUGGAAACAUGCAUGGGACCAGAUCGCAGCGUCGUGGUGGCCAUCACCCCGGACGGCAGGGCGGACGACAUCAUUGAACAUCCGGAGCACGGCAACGUGGUCUUUGCGCUUCCAUUAGAAGUGCAGAUAUCGUUCUCGGAGCUUCUGAAGCGACUCUCAAGGCAAGCACAGGGCCAAGCAGACACGAUCGCCUACCUGCAAUCCCAGAACUCAAACUUGAGCGUGCAAGAGUACGGCGAUCUGUCGCCUCUGAUGCGUGAUCUCGAAUCGCACACAGACGCAGGACAGCUCGACACGAAAGAAAGCAGACGCAGCGAUCUGUCAUGGGCUACCGAGGCGAUUGGACGGGCUCCCGAGGCAACCAACAUCUGGAUCGGGACCUCUGCGUCCCGCACUUCGAUGCAUCGUGACUACUAUGAAAACCUUUUCACAGUGAUCCGAGGCUGGAAGGAGUUCACCGUGUAUCCGCCAGCGGAAGGAUGCUUCCUGUGCGAUGACGACGAGUUUCCCCUGUACAGGUACGUGUACGACACGGCACCGGAUGGCAGCACAAGUGCUCAUCUGAGACUGCGAAAGGACGACGAGGACGCAACCACAAGGUGGAUACCUAUCGAUCCCACCUUGCCCAAGCAUGCGAAACGAAACGCCCCUUUCGUCCAUCGCGAUCUGAACAUGACCUCGUCCCAACAGCUGCCGUCUCGUAGACACGCUUCCUGUACCAAGUACGGUUACGCUCUGCCUGCUCUCAAAAUUCGCGUUCACGAGGGCGAAACCCUCUACCUUCCCAGCGGCUGGUUUCACCACGUGGCGCAACAGCAAGACGUGCAAGUGGAGAACAUCGACGGUCAAGGCGCCGUCGACCGUGGUCUGUGUCUCUGCAUCAACUGGUGGUACGAGAUCUCUGACGACAUGGCGAUACAUCUCGAAGAGACCGACUUGACGGUGCCGACGUGA